AUGCCUCCCGCAGCGCCAACACCACCUCUAAACUACGCAACAUCCCCCUCCCUCCUCCCCUACACCCUCCGCUUCCACCCCUACAACAACCACCCAUCACCAUCUUCGUCCUCGCCCUCCCAAGAAGUCUUCCACACUCACCGCCUCUGCGUAGGCGCCGCAGUCCUCUCCCCUUCCACCACCACGUCCCCCUCCUCCUCUUCCCAAACCAUCCCCAAAAUCCUCCUCCUCCAACGCUCCGCCAAAGAAUCUGCCCUCCCCCACAAAUGGGAACUCCCCGGCGGCGCAGCAGAAUCUCUCGACUCAAACUCCCUCGCCUCCGCCGCCCGCGAACUCUGGGAGGAAACUGCUCUCCGCGCGACAAAGUUCGUGGCUCUCGUAGGGUGUUAUCAAUGGGAGGGUGCCGGGGCCGGUGAGAAAGCGGAAGCUGUUGCCGGGGACCAGGCGUGGGGUCUAUCGAGGGGCGGUGUGGGGAUUAUUGAGGUUGGACGACCGUCUGACGAUGUCGGGAUUACGGUGGAGGAGGGGGAGAAGAAGGAGGAAGGGACGACUGCGGGUGUUGGGGCGGUGACGGAUUCGCACAAGUUCUUCAAGGGACGGGAUGCGUGGAGAAAGUAUACUUACCUCGUGGAAGUUGAGACUACUGGGGCGGGGGAGGCGGCGGUUGAGAUUGAUCCCGAGGAGCACGAGGAUUUCGUCUGGGCUACGGAGGAAGAGGUGCGUGCUGACCGGUGCGGGGAGAGGGUGUUUGAGUGGACUUCGGAGCAUCAGAAGCUAGAUGUCUUGAGGGCUUUUAGAAUUGCGAGGGGGAAGAAGUAG